AUGUGUGGCUGCGUACGUCGCCUCCUUCCCUUCGCUAAUUUAAUUCACACCCCACCACCACUGCUCACCUCCAGCGCCGGCAGCAGAAUGGCAGCGGCGGCCCCGAACCCGGAGGACUCCGCCCGGAGCAGCGGCGGCGGCGGAGGCGGAGGAGGAGGCGGCGGAGGCUCCGGGACGCCCAGCGCGCUCGCGGGGGACGGGGACGCGGAAGAGGCCGAGGACUUCACCUCCUCCUCCCACUGCUCGGAGCUGUCUCGGCGGCAGAACGAGCAGAGGAAGCAGGGCUUGUUCUGCGACGUGACGCUAGCCUUUAGCAGCGGGGCGGCUACCGGCAGCGUCCAGAGCUGCCAGUUUUCCGCCCACCGGUCGGUGCUGGCCGCGGCCACCGACUACUUCACCCCGCUGCUGGGGGGACAGUUCUCCGAGUCGCUGACCGGACGGGUGGAGAUGAAGGAGUGGAGCUCGGAGCUGGGUCCGGACCCGGAGACGGUGGAAAGUGUCAUCCAGUACAUGUACACGGGAGAGAUACGCGUUAGCACCUGCAACGUGCACGAGGUGCUGGAGCUGGCGGACAGGUUUCUGCUGGUGCAGCUGAAAGAUUUCUGUGGCGAGUUCCUCAAGAAGAAGCUGAGCCUGACCAACUGCGUGGCCGUGCACAGCCUGGCCCACAUGUACACCCUGGACCAGCUGGCUCUGCGGGCGGCCGACAUGAUCCGCCGCAACUUCCACAAAGUCAUCCAGGACGAGGAGUUCUACACGCUCCCCUUCCACCUGGUGCGGGACUGGCUCUCGGACGCGGAGAUCACGGUGGACUCGGAGGAGGUUCUGUUCGAGGCGGUGGUGAAGUGGGUGCAGAAGAACCCGGAGGAGCGCGGCCGCUACUUCGAGGAGCUGUUUCGGCUCCUCAGGCUGCCCCAAAUCAAGCCCACCUACCUGACCCGGGUGGUGAAGAACGAGCGGCUGGUGGCGGCCAACGAGGCCUGCCUCCGGCUGGUGUCGGAGGCCGUGGAGGGCCACGCCAUCCGCUUCGAGAACCUGAAAUCGGCAGACAUGGAGUUUUGGUCCUCCCACAUGGCCUCUUUCCAGCCUCGCUUCGGGCAGAAUAUGGACGUGAUCAUGGUGGUGGGGGGCGUGUCGGAGGGAGGGGACUACCUGAGCGAGUGCGUGGGCUACUUCAUUUACGAGGACCGCUGGGUCAACCUGCCCCACAUCCACAACCACCUGGACGGCCACGCCAUCGCCGCCACCGAGUCCCACGUCUACGUGGCCGGCUCCAUGGAGCCGGGCUUCGCCAAGACGGUGGAGCGCUACAACCCCAACCGGAACACCUGGGAGCAGGUGAGCAACCUGACCACGCGCAAGCACUCGUUCGGCCUCACCUGCAUCAAGGACAUCCUGUACAGCAUCGGCGGCCACGGCAACUUCAGCCCGGGCUUCAAAGACGUCAGCGUGUACGAGCCCGAGCAGGACAAGUGGCACAACCUGGAGUCCGCCCCCAAGAUCCUGCGGGACGUGAAGGCGGUGAGCGUGGAGGACCGCUACGUGUACGUGACGGCCCGCACGCCCGUGGACACGGAUAACGAGGACGGGCUGAAGACGGUGACCACGCGCUACGACACGGAGAGCCGGCAGUGGCAGGACGUGGACUCGCUGCCGCUCAUCGACAACUACUGCAUCUUCCAGAUGGCCGUGGCCUCCACUAAUUUCUACCACACCGCCUCCUGCUGCCCCAAGAGCUACGCGGUGCGGGACGAGGUGGCCCGGCAGAAGAUCAGCGUGCGCAUCUCGGACGAGAUCCUGGAGAGCCUGCCCCCGGAGGUGACCAGCAUCGAGGGCGCCGCCAUCUGCCACUUCGACGAGGACGUCUUCAUCAUCGGGGGCUGGAAGAACAGCGACGACGUGGACAAGCAGUACCGGAAGGAGGCCUACCGCUACUGCGCCGAGAGGAAGCGCUGGAUGCUGCUGCCGCCCAUGCCGCAGCCUCGCUGCCGGGCCACCGCCUGCCACGUGCGCAUCCCCUACCGCUUCCUGUACGGCUGCCAGCGCUACCCCAUGCCCCAGAACCUGGCCCGCCAGCGCGACCGCAUGCAGCAGAUGCAGCAGCUGCACCGCCGCACCCUCACGCUGCGCCGGCAGCUCCAGUCCCAGAUCGAGUGCUGAGCGGGUCCACGCCCGCCCCGCCACGCCCCCAGAGCCGCUGGAGGAAGGUCCAGCGGCACCGUCCCGCCCGUCACCCCGCCCCCCGCCGAACGCCGCCGUGGCCCCUGUGUCGCUCCAGUCCUGCAUUUCAUUCACCUCCAUUGUCCGGCUCCGGCUCUCCCGCUGCGCUGUGUGGACGACCGACGUGUGUAAAUGUGUGGGCAGGUGUGCGCUGACCGGCUUGUGGUCAGCGAGCAGAGAGGGAUGAUGUAGAUAUAAACCUGUGAAAAAGAGUGCUAAUGGCAGCCAAAACCUCAAUAUGCUUCAGUCACUAAUGUGGGUAGAUUCUCUUUAUCUAUUUGUACAUACAUAGUAAAAAGCUAUAUAUGUAUACAUUUCUAUGACAUUUUACAUUCCUCGCUGUAUGCCUGUAGUCAGAAGAACAUGCGCCUUCAGUGAUAACUGAUAAUAUUCCUCUAUUUGUAAUGAAGAGUCAUCAUUCCAUUGUAACACUGUGACAAUCCCCUUCUGGAAGGGACAUCGGUCCAAAAGCCUACCGUAGUGGUAUUAGAAAAUGCUCCGCUUGUUAUUUUUACAGCAUCUACUGUGAAAUGAAACAGAGGCUUUUUUUUUCCAUUGUAAAAUCCCACACUUUGCCUGCCUUUGCUCCUCCGCAGCUGUACUGUGUAUAUUACAGCCAUCUUUGUUAUGCACACAACGCUUGGUCCUCCGGAUUUCUGAAGACAUGAACUGAGUUAACUGUAAUAUCCCAAGAGAUGUGACGAGGUUUUAUUAAGUCAUUCCUUCAUGCGUGAUCUUCAAGCAUUCUCUUCUGCCACUGCGCAGCGCACCAAAAAACUGGCACCGGCAUAAUCAUUCCUCUCGUUUGCGCUUUUUGUGCUCUACUUAUCAAUGUAUUCCCUAACGUUAUAGAAGACGUGUAGAAAAUGUUUGAGUGAGUGAGGACGUGUUUAUGACAUAUGUUUGCACGGGGUUCAGUUAGCGCUCUGCAAAGAAUGGCAAAAGCUUCCCUGGAACUGCACUUUUUGACAUCAAAUUGUAAAGUCUUAAAGAUACAUAUGAGUCUAAGUUUGUACCGCACUUUGACUUUGCAGAUUUAAUUUGUGUCAAAUCAGACAAGGUGAUUGUAUUUUAGAAAUGCUUAUUUUUAGCCAUGUCUCAGAAAGUACCAUUUGAUAUUUGACAAAAAGAAAAAGAUGCUGUGUGGGCAGAAUCGUUUCAAACAUUUAAUGUCUCUGAAAGAUGUAUUUUGUUGUACUCGCCUCGAGUUGGGUAUAUGUUGUAGAUGUGAUCAACUGUUGUCACCUGCUGCCCACCAAAGAGACUUGAUGGAAUGAAAAUUGAUUAAACUUAUAAGUAAAAUUGAUGGGGAUUGUUGUAUGAAUGUGUUAUGACUGACAUUCAGAAACUGUGCAGCGCUUCUUAUGGCCUGAAGGUUACAGAGCGCAGAAAUGAUAUUCAUUUCCACUUUAUGACCAACAGAAAAAGCACUGCAGAUACAAAUUGGAAUAAGCUAUGUACUUGCUUUGCAUGUGAUAUUCUGACAUUGUGUCCUUCAAUUGGAUGUAAGCAAUGCUAAUGUCAUCACUUGCAAUUAAAGUUGUUUUUUAAGACAAGUGGACAUGCAGUGUGUUUAUGCUUAGUUGGGCUUUAGCAGAGGCAGGAGCAGAUGCCUGUAGCUG